GAAACCGUUUUUUUUUUCAUCAAAACAUGCAACAGUUAGCCAGAGCGUAAGCUAACUAGCAACUGCUAGCCAUCGCUACAGUUGGCUAACCGUAGUUGUUUAAAUCGUUUGAACAAACAUAUUUUAUAGUUUUGUGAUAAAGGGACUAACACCAAGCAAACGUAACUUAAUUAGGGUUAUAAUUUUAACUAACUUUUAUCUAAGGAACUUACAGACUACUCGGCCGUUUACUACCAGACGUUAGUUACCGUUGGGCUAACUACCUUGGUAACUUGGUUUCACGGGAGCUCAGGCGCUAGCUAAAGCAACGUGUCUCAUUUCCGCAUUCAUUUGUCUGCCAGGGCCAUGUUGAAGAUGUCUGGCCUGAACAUUUCCCGUUGAUUGAAUCAGAGACUCCUAUACCUGGUUGUCUAAACAGGCCGCCUAGACGCUGACUUGUACCCUCUGGGAUCCGGCUACGUCCCUGAAAUUGAAGGUGUCCAUGACAUAUCAGUUGGCACAAAGAGGGGAUCCGACGAACUCUUUUCUUCCUGCAUAUCCAACGGGCCCUAUAUCAUGAACUCAGCCAAUGGCAACGACAGCAAAAAAUUCAAAGGUGACACCCGCAGUCCCGGUGUUCCAUCACGUGUGGUCCAUGUACGCAAGCUGCCCAACGACAUAAAUGAGGCUGAAGUUAUUGGCCUGGGACUGCCCUUUGGGAAGGUCACUAAUUUGCUGAUGCUGAAAGGGAAAAACCAGGCAUUCUUGGAACUGAACAGUGAGGAGUGUGCACAGACGAUGGUGAGCUACUACUCCUCUGUUACUCCUGUCAUCAGAAACCACCCCAUUUACAUGCAAUACUCGACCCACAAGGAGCUCAAGACGGACAACUCCCCCAACCAAGUGCGUGCCCAGGCAGCUCUGCAGGCAGUCAAUGCACUGCAUGGAGGUGGGAUGGGAAGCAUGGCCAUUCCUGCAGAUCCAGCUACCAUGGGAGGAGCAGGGUCCCAAAGCCCUGUACUCAGAGUCAUCGUGGAGAACCUCUUCUACCCGGUCACCCUGGAUGUACUACACCAGAUUUUCUCUAAGUUUGGCACUGUGCUGAAGAUCAUCACCUUCACUAAGAACAACCAGUUCCAGGCUCUGAUUCAGUAUGCCGAUGGCUUGACAGCUCAGCAUGCCAAACUGUCUUUGGAUGGACAGAACAUCUACAAUGCCUGCUGUACCCUGAGAAUCAGCUUCUCCAAGCUCACCAGCCUCAAUGUCAAGUACAACAACGACAAGAGUCGGGAUUACACCCGACCAGACCUCCCCACUGCAGACUCACAGCCUUCCAUUGACCACCAGACCAUGGCUGCUGCAUUUGCUGCUCCAGGCUUAAUUUCAGCCUCUCCUUAUGGUGGAGCUCAUGCCUUUCCCCCAACCUUCGCCAUCCAGCAGGCAUCAGGCCUGUCGAUGCCUGGUAUUCCCGGUGCCCUGGCGUCCCUGGGCGUGAGCCAUGGUGGCAUGGCGGCUGCUGCAGCGGCUGCUAGCCGGCUUGGCCUGUCAGGGCUCACUGCCACUGGGGGACACCAUGUCUUGUUGGUCAGCAAUCUGAACCCUGAGAGCGUUACGCCACACUGCCUCUUUAUUCUUUUCGGUGUGUAUGGCGAUGUGAUGAGAGUGAAGAUCCUGUUUAAUAAAAAGGAGAACGCUCUGAUCCAGAUGUCUGAUAGCACACAGGCUCAGCUAGCAAUGAGCCACCUGAACGGCCAGCGUCUUCACGGCAGGGCCAUGCGUGUGACAUCAUCCAAACACACCACAGUGCAGCUGCCCAGAGAAGGCCACGAGGACCAGGGUCUCACAAAGGACUACAGCAACUCGCCGCUGCACCGCUUCAAGAAGCCCGGCUCCAAAAAUUACUCCAACAUCUUCCCACCCUCUGCAACACUUCACCUCUCCAACAUACCGCCUUCUGUGGUGGAGGAUGACCUCAGGAGGCUUUUUGCCAGCUCAGGAGCCACAGUCAAGGCCUUCAAGUUCUUUCAGAAAGACCGCAAGAUGGCCCUGAUCCAGAUGGGCUCAGUCGAGGAGGCGAUUGAGUCCCUCAUCGAGUUCCACAACCACGAUCUGGGAGAGAACCACCACCUUCGAGUGUCCUUCUCAAAGUCUACCAUCUGAGUGCCUUUCCUGCCUUCCUCCAAGUCUAUUGCCAUCUGAAUGCUACUUUUGACAAGGUUGCUUUCAGUGGAAAUGGCCACUAUUACAUAUUUAUGGUUGUGGUUCUUUGUAGAAUGUUGCUCCCUUCACCAUUUUUAAUUACUCCUCAUCGUUAAUAGGUUUGGGUAUCGCAUUUAAUCAUUUUUGCUUCCAAAUACUGUUACCAGUGUUGCAUUUAAGUCAUCAAAAUAUGUUAAACGGCAUUACUUCCUUAUGUUUUCUGGUGUUGUAAAUUGGCACAAAAUACAAGGCAUUUUUAAAUUGAAAUCUAGAAAAAUAUAUAUUCCCUCAUGUCACACAAAAAUUGUUGUUUUACACGUUACGUAUUUGAGUUAGUCCUGUUAACAAUGGCUGACUCUGGGGCAUUCUGAUUUUGACUGGGACCUCAAAAAAUCCUGCUUUCUUGUACAAUGCCGCAGUAUAUUAGGUGGACUUCUUCCCCGGAGGAGGUUGUUUUUGCUGAGUGAUUAUAUUUUCCUUUUAUCUUUACUCCCUUUUGUGAAGCUUAGCUCCACUUGAAAGCAGUAUGUCCUGCCCAUAAUGAUGUAAAUACUAUUGACAUGCAUUGGCACGAGCGUAACAGAGGAUGAAAACAAAUUGGCCCAAUGCCGGCACAGGAAUCAGUAAAAUAAAUCGCUGUGUUUCUGGUUCCAGUUCAGAAAAGCAUCUUGGUACCCAAAUCAGUAAUUUGUUCCAUCAUAAAGGUUUAUGUAGGGGCUGUGUGAAAGGGGCAACAUUUUGCAUAGAAACAUUAUAAUGGAGGUAAAGUAGGGGGCAGCUGAUGAACUGUCACUUUAGACCAAAUCGCUAAACAAAAGACACCCUCCACCACAGAUGUAUGCUCAUGUGGAAGAAUCGCAUCCACACCAGACACACUUCAGCAUUCCUUUUACUAUGAUAGUCGUGUGGAUAUAUAUCUAUAUGUGUGUGUGCCUUUUUUGAAAUGCCACUUUGAACCUGUUUGGCCAGUCAGAAAAAAAACGGUUUGAUACAAAAGGAUUUUUGUUUUGGCUCACAGACCCAUCAAUCAGUGUGUUUCCCAAUAUCCAUUUUGAUUUUAUCUUCUAACUACCCGCUUAUUUGCUUCUGGGGAUCCAUACCACUAUCUGAAGUCAUUCAAUAAGGAUGCAUUUUUCUUUCAGUAUCUGUAUCUGCAGUCUUGUGCCUUACUUUGCCCCAAACCAGAUUGCCUUAAGCAUUGCUUUGGCUUUAUUUUUUCAAAAGACAUGGCUCCCAAAAUGCCUUGUGGUAUGUACCAGCGUUGUUAAAGUGGAGGGGGGGGAAGUGGCUCAUUCAAUCUUCUGUUUCUUUUUAAACACAAAUGUUUAUCUUUGUAUGCAUAUAUCCCCAUUAUAUGUAUGUAGAAACUAUGAAUGUAUGUCGGUUAGAUGCCUAAUAUCCUUGCUAGGUGAUGUAGCUCUGUUAGGUGUUUUGUGGCAGGAGUUAGAGCUGUAUCCAGCCUUCCUGUCUUACAGUCCCCACUCACCUCCAUUUAGUCCUUUUUCAGUAGGGGACAGUGGUGUUUGGGGCGUCAUUUAACCAUAUUAUGUUCAUUUAUAUGUGGACACCUAUAUAUUCAUUUAUCUUUUCUUUUAUUAGCAUUUACAUGUGUAUCACUUCGAAGCUUAACUGAUACCUUUGUGUAGUGGCUGGGUUUGAUCAUUAUCACAGUGCCUUGAGGCUGAAAUACUUUUCUGGCCCGGUCAGUUGACUCUGUUUACCUCUCGUUCAGGUGUUUUAUCUUACCUGUCAGCAAAGAUGCCUUUAUCCCAUUAUAGUCAGGUAAUUCUACCUGAGAGAGGGCAGCUUGGAGGCAUUUUGUCAACUGAAAAAAGUAACAAAAGUCUUGGACUGUUAAAAUACCCAGUAAGUUUUUUCUCUUAAAUUCAGGAUAACAGGAUUACAGGGUGAGAUAGCCCUCACCCACUCCUGUCUGUGUCCACGUAUCGCCACAGUCAGGUUCUUUAGUGCACUUUUUCCUCAACGUUAGGUCCAAGUUGGCGCCACCACGCUCAAGUCUUAAACGUCGUCACAUUCCUGCGUGCCUCAAGCACCAGUUUCCACAGCCUCGACCACUGUAGUUUUGGACCAGAUACAGAUGCGCUCUGUCUCUAUUUUUGUAAAAGAUUAUUAUGCAUGGUUUAAAGAAGCUUCAUGUAGCUACAGGCGGUUAUUGCUGUUAAGGACCAAAGUAUCUUCUACCCCUGCUGUUUUGUAGAGUUUUGACUUCUUAAAGGUGUUUUCACAUUUCCAUAAGUACACAAGGCUUCAGUUUUCUUUUGAUUUCCAUUUCUCAGAUGCCUUGGACAAUUGUCACAUGAAGUUUAAAUAUCCUAUCAGCCUAUACUGUAUAUUGUAUCCCUUUUUUUGUUUGACUUUACAAAGCGCCUACUUUGGUAGCGAUUGCUUUAGAAUGGAUACUUAAUUGAACCACAGUCUAUGGUGUAGAAGAUUAUAUGCCUUUCGAUUUUUGUUUAAAGCUUUUAUGUUUCUCCUUUUUUAUAUGGGGGCGGGGUGGGGUUAUUGUAUGAAGCGGGAUUGAUGGUUGUAUAUAUUCAUGUUUUUGUACCACAAAAUCAUUUGGAUUAUAUCCACUUUACGUUCAAAACAUGUAUAUUUUGAUAAAACAAUACAGACCUAUUGAGCUCUGCGGAGCUGUAAAAACGACAAAAAAAACAACUUUUGUAACACAAAGACAAUUAAACCUAUCUGAACACAGAAGUGUCUCUGUAUGUGCCCCACUCCCGCCCUUGCCAUUCUGUUCUUGUCUCUUGCAUCUUCUGCUGCCUUCAAUAAAUCUUUAGUUUGUUCCUUCUUUCA